AUGAUCCUACACGAGGCCAGCUCACUACUCUAUGGCAAUAACUGCUUUGACCUCUCGUCAUCGACCUAUAUACACACAUGCGACUUCCUCGCUACUAUAGGCUUGGUGAACGCUUCUCAUCUUAAUUGUAUCCGCAUCCGCUUUCCUGAAUUUGGCGACCUUGAAGAGGAAGUCAGCCUUGAUAAAAAAAGCCUGCUCGCCCUAACAAAGAUCAAGGCAUACUGUACCAACAUCAAAUCCAUCACAGUAACCGCUCCAACCACAUAUCUAAUGGGAAUUCAACUAUCAGUUGACAACCCUUCGAUUUGUGAUAGAGCAUUGGCGUUGGUAGCCGAUCACUUCAGAGCAAUCACAUCACUGCCAGAAAUUGUCAUGGAAGUUUAUGAUGAUGGCCUGAACUCAUAUAUCAUACCUGUGGAGAAAAUGAAGAGUUUUGGGUGGACACUCAAGACGGUGGAACCUGUGGAAGAAGAGGAAUGGGAUAACGACAGAAUUUGGGAUGAGAAUGAAGAUUUUUAUUAUCUUUACGAUGACGACGAUGAUUAUGAUAAUGAAGACGACUACGACAUUGACAACGAUAGUGACUUUUGGAGAAGGGCAGCAGACUAG